AUGGGCGAUCCAAUAGAGACCCUGAGCACAGGCCCGGCCUGCUAUUUCACCCCAAAGGGCCGCAUGAUCCUCGGCGAAGGCGUAAUAUAUCGAGCAAGUGAUUCAACCCUCCACUGGUUCGACUGCCUCUCUUCCCCAGUCGAACUAUACAUCCUCCCAGUCAAUCCCAACACAGGAAAAGCCAGUGGUCCAGCCCGGAUUCUUCCACUGUCAGACAGCGUAACCGUUGCCGCAUUUCGCGAAAACAAGCCCGGCUACAUCGUCGCAUACCACCAAGGCAUCUGUUUCCUAGAUGAGCAGACCGGGAAAUUAGAUGUGGCUUGUGAGAUCAUUCCGUCCGCCGAGCGGAGCCAGCGCCGGUUUAAUGACGGUGGUGUUGAUGCAGCCGGACGCUUCUGGUUAGCGGAAACUGAUCUUACAGCCACCGCUCUUUCCCCUGGAAGGUUGCCUAUCGAUUAUGGGGCGAAGGGUCGUUUGUGGAGAUAUGACACUUGA